AUGCCGCCUUCAAGACCCAAGCCGUCAGAGAUAGCAGCCGAAGCAAAACGGAUAUGGAUGCCACAUAUCUGGAAACACUACAUUCGAGACUCCAAGACCUCAUACCUAUAUCCAGACUCAGCACAAAUAAGAAUCAACGUGGACAAACGAUCAUCACAACGCACAAGAGUAGCAGUCAUGGAAGGUGACCCAGUGAACUACGCUUUGGGCUGGUAUCAAAGCGCGGUCAACGCAGAUUCAGACUGCAAGCGAAUUCCAGUGAUCAACGUAGCGAACGAGAAACGCGCUGGAGGUGACUGGGAAUCCGGGCUUAUGGCACCAGAAGAAUGUUUCGCGAGGAGAAGCAAUCUCGUACAUGCUCUAACAAUGCCAUGGAACGCGCAAUUGGGCCGAGAAGAAAACUACUACCCAAUACCACAGACAGGCGGCAUCUAUUCCCCUGAAGUCUUUGUGUUCCGAGCAGGCCCAGAUCAAGACUAUGCAACCUUUACAGACAUAGCCUCUCUACCCGUAAUAUCGGUUGCACCCGUGCGACGUCCCAAGCUCGACGAGAGCGGAUGCAAAUACUCGUUUGCACAAGAAAAGGAGCUCAUGAAGGAGAAAAUGCGGGCAGUAUUGCGAAUCGCAUCCUACUGCGGGCACAGGAACUUGGUGCUGGGCGCUUUCGGCUUAGGGCCUAUAUUCCGCAACCCAGCACAGGAGGUAGCGCGAAUGUGGAGAAAACUACUCUUCGAAGAGGAGGAGUUCCAUGGCGCAUUCCAGGAUGUCGUGUUUGCUAUUGACAGUAGUAUGGUUGGGUCGCCGAGCAAAGGGUGCGCGUCCGAUGUGGAGAUUUUUAGGCGCGAGUUCGAUCCUGCGACUAUUUGGCCGACCAAGUGGUGACAGACGUCCUCGGCGACGACGCCGACAGUAAAAGUAAUCGACUAACAGCAACGCAAACUUGGUAUGGAUAGCAUGGGAUAUGGUCACGAAGCAUACGAAACCGAAGCACACGAACCGACACGCACACACAUACACACAUACACACGAGGGCAGGAUCCUUCAGAGACACACCAACCCAAUAGAGGGGUAAAACAAGCCACUUGACUCGGAUGAAGUCUUGGGAUGGUGGGGUGGGGGUUCUCAGUAUGCACAGAUAACCGAGAAAAAGCUCAGAUCUCGCCGACCCGAGGACUCGAACCAGGCGGCGCACUGCUGCUACUGCCGCUCGAUUCUGCGGCUAAAACCUGCACGUUCUAGUAGCCAAUCAGUAUUAAUGAACAAUAUUGGGUAACAUGUUGUCUUGCGGUCAGAUAUUUGUCAUGUUCUUGCACUUUGCUAGUUUUGUGCGUGUAGGAUUUUGGACUUGACGGGUCGAUGCUGAUGC